AUUCCAUACUUGUACCAAAAAUACGGUGUGGAAUCAAGCUGUAAUCAAAAAUAAUAAAUAAAUAAAUGCCUAUCCAUGAUAUGUGCUUGCACUUUGCCUUCCUUUCCAGAAAUAAACCAAUUGACUCAACGGGUAAUAAAUCUCAGUCAUUUGCAACACCUGUCAGUGAUAGCUUAUGGUAAGUUGAAAAAUUUGGAGUCGAGUAUUUUGCAAGGCGCUUCCAACAGUCUAGUAUGUCGUAAAGGUUGAGUCGGAGGUGAGUUAGCAUCUCACACUCAGAUUUUUCGAGUACUAUGCGGAUACUUGUCUCGAUGAUUAGAAACGAUGGACUUACAACAUUUUAUCUGUUUUCUCACAUGCGCCUGUUUAAGUAUACAUAUCAAGUGAACCUUUUUUGACUACAAACUCCAUCUUCUCUUUAUAGAAACCAGAUCAAUCUAUGAGAAAGUUAAGGCGAGUAUGAGGGAUGAAUACCACUCACUGACAGGACAUUUACUACCGUAAUCCAUGUCAGAUGUACAUAAGUAUUCGACUGUCUUCACGAAUCAUUUGAAGACAACGUGACUCUUCUUUUCUCUUUCACUUGAUU